AUGCGCUCAAUUUCUUCAUUAUUGAUUGGCACCUUGGUAGCUAUCGGAGCUCAAGGUGCCCCCUCAAGCAGCACCGAGGGUGACAAGAACCCCAUCAUUCGCACAAGUUAUGGUCGUCUCCAAGGAAACGUCUCUGAAUAUCGUGACAAUGUAUAUGCUUUCAAGGGAAUUCCCUUUGCAUCGCCACCUACUGGAGAGGCCCGUUGGACCCCUCCCACAAAGCCAGACUCUUGGGAUGGUGUCCGUAAAGCCACCGUAUCAGGACCUCAAUGCCCCCAGCCUCUCAUUGAUGGUAAAGGUCUAUGGACAACUGGAAGUGAGGUCAUGAGUGAGGACUGCCUUUAUCUCAAUAUCUGGACUUCUACUACUGAUCCGUCAGCCAAUCUUCCUGUAUACAUCUGGAUGUAUGGUGGACGUUUCGUCGAUGGGUCCGGCGAUGUGAUUACAUAUGACGGCUCUGGACUUGCUGUGCAUGAUAUUGUCAUGGUGACUAUCAACUACAGACUAGGACCAUUUGGAUACCUAGCCCACCCCGAACUCUCCUCUGAGUCGCCGCACAAUGUAUCCGGUAAUUAUGGCGUGAUGGAUAUGAUUGCUGCCGUCGAAUGGGUCAAAGCAGAGAUUGCCAAUUUUGGAGGCAACCCAGAGAAAAUCACAGUGGGAGGCCAAUCCUCUGGUUCCUCGUGUGCCCUAGACAUGUUCUACAGCCCACAAUCUUCUGGGUUGAUCGCCGGUGUUAUCGCAGAGAGUGGCCCUCGAGCACCACACGACCCUAUCACCGGCUCUGUUGCCACAAGCUAUCGACAGAAAGAGCAUGCUUUGGCUUCUGGUGUCGACUUCGUGUCUAACAAACUCAAUGUAUCAUCGAUUGCGGAGGCACGAAAGAUCCCGACAGCCAACAUGACGACAUGGAGCCAACUGAAUGACACAAUAUUCGAUGGGACGCAAUUCGAGAAUGUGACAAAUUUUUCCGAACCUCCACUAUGGCGACCCGUAGUAGACGGUUAUGUUCUACCAUACAGUUACUGGGAGGCUCUGCUAAACAAUGAACAUGCAAAUGUGCCCAUUCUAGCAGGCAACAACAAGGAUGAAACAGGUGCAUCGCCAGACCCAGGCUACACAGUCAGCACUUACAAGGGCAAUUACACUGCCAUGUAUGGAAAUCUCUCUACUCGCUACUUCGAACUCUAUCCUGCGGAUACCUACUACGAAGCCAACAAUCAGAGCAACCUGAUGUGGCAAGAUUUCAGCCGCAUUUCGACAUGGCAAUUCGCAUUGAACAUGGCGGCGGGUGGAAGCAAGCAGCCCGUUUGGUCUUAUUACUGGACCCAUGCGCCACCAGGUCAAGUUCUGGGUGCAUUUCAUGGAAGUGAGAUGUACUAUGUGUUCAACAAUAUUCCAUACAACUACCCCGAUAUGCCUUGGACCAGCGAUGACUAUGAAAUACAGACUAAAAUGACAGCAUAUUGGGCAAACUUUAUCAAAACUGGCAAUCCAAACGGCGAAAGCCUUACAAAAUGGCUGCCAAGCAAGUCCGGCCACCAGACAAUGUGGCUAGGAGAUUCAUGGGGAUCGGAUACUAUUGGGGAAUCAUCCCAUGUGGAUUUAAUUACAGAUUUUUUCUCGUAUCAAACACCUUAUUGA